GUUUUUCUUGGCUGGCCCUCUGUUUUCUGCAUCCUAAUACGUGCUUCAAUGCUUACUAUUGCCAAUACAGGUUGAGUGAUCUUGCGCAAUCAGCUCAUCCGAUCUUGGCGAUCAAGCCUGCAUUGCACCCUUUGGUGGGAGCCAUAUCUGUGUCUGCUAUUUCGUCUCUUCAAUUCUUGAGUCCGACACUGUGGGCCCAUGCUCUGUUGCACCGUGCACGCUUCCAUUCCAAUAGUCAGGCUUGUACAAUUGGACGCGUUCCCACACGUUUCGACGUGUUCUUCACUCAUUGAUGCCAAGAUUUUGGGCCAACCGACAUGGAAGGACGCAGACCAGAUGUGUUAUCAUGGCAUUGCCCAACGCGCUGUUGCAGAGCCUGCACUGGUGCCUAACCACAAAGUGUGCCUACUACUACGCUCUUAACUUUCCUCCCCUUCCCAUUUCCUUGCUAACUUUCUACUCCAGGAAACAAUCAAACUUCCCAAAAGUGACCGGAAUUGGAAGACAAUAGCUUCCUCCGCGGCUAAAAGGCGAACUCCCGUUGGUGAGGUACAAAGAGUGCUGGAACCCCGCGGGUCGGGUUUCACGGAUGAGCAAACUAUGUGUUCCCCACCGUUCACCCCACCAUUCACCUCAUCAUUUGCUUUGCGAUCUACCUGCCAUAUUUACCCCACUGAUUAUUGUCAUCCUAUCUUCGAAACCGACUUGCUCUUGGGACCUACGCCGGCCCCACAGACCCCGAGGGGUUAUCCCUGCAAAGGUGUGUUCAAGCGCGAGGUUUAGCGCGAGGUUUUCUCUGCACCCUCAGU